CACCCCAGGAGUGAGGAAGAGGAGGAGAGUCUCUCGCUGUCUGCCGCAAAAGCCAAAUCCCCCAUCUUUAACCCCGCUCCCUCCCAUUUCCACGAGAAAUCCAUCGGAAUCGCACCCGAAACCGCGAAGACGAACAGCGAGGCCGACGCCGAACAAAUCUCCCCCUGUCUGUCUUCAUCGCAAAGCCCGUCCCUUUCUUGUUCCGCCUUGUUCCUAUCUCCUUUCCGUGCGCCGAAUCGAUCUUGCUUGGCGGCGGAGGGAGGACGGAGGAGGGAGACCUGCUCGGCUCUGCCAUGGCAUUGCCCGCGCGCCUCGUGCGCGUCGCGCUGCUGCUCCUCGUCGCGCUCUCCUUCUGCGCCGCCGGGACGCACCGCGCUCCCCGCGAGCCCCACCGGGCGCUCCACUCCGGCCAAGAUACACAUGGCCUGGUGGUGAGAAGAUCAGUUGCUGAAGCUCCUGCUGACAUAAAUGUCACUACCAAUAGCUCCUUUGUGUUGGCGGAACACCGAACAUUCCGGAAGGACCCCCUGAAUGCUUUCAACAGAUAUGCGGGCGGUUGGAAUAUCAGUGAAGUUCACUACUGGGCUUCCGUUGGAUACACAGCGUAUCCCUUGUUCGUCGUUGCCUUGCUGUGGUUUGUGCUAUUCUUCCUUCUUAUGCUGGGGAUUUGCUGCCACCAUUGCUGCUGUGGGCACAAAGGUUAUAGCUACUCGAGAAUAGCAUAUGCCCUUUCACUGAUACUUCUGAUAUUAUUCACCUGUGCUGCAAUUGCUGGAAGUGUUGUGCUGUAUGUUGGCCAGGGCAAAUUCCAUGCAAGCACAACGACCACCUUGGAUUUUGUCGUCGACCAGGCGGAUUUUACUGUUGAAAACCUUAGGAACCUCUCGGAUAGUCUAUCCGCUGCAAAAAAGGUUGACAUAGGACAGUUCUUACUUCCUCCAAAUGUGAUGGGUGAGAUCAAUGAAAUUCAGGCAAAAUUGAACACAUCAGCUACCGAUCUUUCUACUAGAACAUCUGAAAAUUCUGUGAAGAUCCAAAAAUUGCUGAAUCAAGUGCGGCUAGCUUUGAUUAUCAUUGCAGCAGUAAUGCUUCUUCUGGCAUUUAUUGGCUUCCUGUUAUCCAUCCUCGGGCUGGAAUUCCUUGUCAACAUUUUGGUUGUUGUUGGAUGGAUACUAGUCACCGGGACCUUUAUCCUGUGUGGUGUAUUCCUUCUUCUGCACAAUGUUGUUGGUGACACCUGUGUUUCAAUGGACGAGUGGGUCGCUCAUCCAACAGAACACACUGCUCUGGAUGACAUCAUCCCCUGUGUUGAACCGGCUACGGCGAACGAGACCCUGACACGAACCAAGGAAGUCACAUCACAGCUAGUGAAUCUGGUGAACCAGGUGCUCUCCAAUGUGUCAAACCGAAACUUCCCUCCGGCGGCGACUCCCUUCUACUACAACCAGUCAGGGCCACUGAUACCCACACUCUGCAACCCGUUUGGACCCAAUCUGAGCAAGCGCACCUGCGCCCGCGGAGAGGUCACCUUGGACAAUGCAACCCAGGUCUUCAGGAGCUUCGAGUGCCAGACGAGGACGGUGUCAGGGACCGAGGUCUGCACGACGGUGGGGCGGCUGACCCCUCGGAUCUUCGGGCAGAUGGCGGCGGGCCUGAACGUGAGCCUGGGGCUGUACCAGUAUGGGCCGUUCCUGGUGCAGCUGCAGGACUGCACCUUCGUGCGCGACACCUUCAGCAACAUCAGCCAGAACUACUGCCCGGGGCUGGAGCGGUACAGCAGGUGGGUGUACAUCGGGCUGGUGCUGGUGUCGGCGGCCGUGAUGCUGUCCCUCAUCUUCUGGGUGAUCUACGCCAGGGAGCGGCGCCACCGGGCGUACAACAAGGCGCACCGGGGCGACAAGCCGGCGCCUAUGGGCGGGGAUGCCUGAUCCACGACGACCGUUUCAUGCGUUCGGUCGCCAUGGAUGACGACCGUUUCAUGCGUUCGGUCGCCAUGGAUGGCGUCAGUGAGUGUAGAGAGUAGAGGACCGCCGUGUGGUUGACUUGAUUGCUGCCAGUUGAUUGAUUCUUUCUUCGUUUAUGUGCAAAUGGUGCUUGCUAGUAGUAUUUGUUUGUGUUCCAUGCUUCGUUGAUGUACAGUUUGUGAUCUACUAGGAAUGAAGGAUUGCGUAUUUGUAGACUC